ACGACUAAGUUACAAAAUUGAUGAGGCAGGGGAACAAAUUUCAUUUGGCUCCAACACUUAGUCAGUUUCCACGCGACAAUUCUCUCUCAAACCCUAGACACCACGACACCCGACGAACACCCGUCCUCCUCUUCCUCAUCCUCCACCUCCGACCAGCACCCGACUGCUCUCUGCUGCAGCCACCGCCUCCACUCUCCUCCUUCUCCGCUUUCGCCUCCGCUAUCCUCCUCCUCCUCUUCCUUUGGCACACCUGUUCUCUCAUCUAUCUUCUCAAAUUCACCAGAUCCGCCAAAGACGCAGUCCACGCCGGAGCUCCGCCUUGCCCCUCCUUCUUCUCUUUUCUCCUUCCACCCCGACGAGAACUAGAAAGAGAACGGGAAGCUCUCAAAGCCUCAAUCAUCUUCUCUAGGGGUCUUUACCGAGCUUAUUCAGCAGAUGCAAGUAAAAGGUUGAGGAGUUGUAUUCAUUGGACAUUGAUUCUCUGAACAAUCUGAGGUAUGUCAGUAGCUGUUUAAGCUUUUGCCACCCUAUUAGAUAUAUUUAUAUAAUCUGUUUUAAGUUUCCUUUCUCUCUCCAUGGGCCUCUCCCUCUCAGCCCCUCUCUUUGAUCAUCAAGGCGUCGACGGCCCUCCCUCUCCUCGACAGUAAAUUGGUAAGACGAACUGACAGUCGAAUAGUUGUCUGGGUUAGGUAUGUGAUGUACUGUCAUAUACAUCAUGUUUGUAUUUUUCAGUAGUUUAGAAUUUAAGUCUCCUUGUUCUCUUCAUGUUUAUCUAUUCUGCUGUUUCCAUACUAUUCUUGUAAUCUUUGAUGACAGUUUUGAUAUCUGACUAACCUUUCAUAAUUCCAUUGUCUUUUGUUGAUUGUUAUUACUACUUGUGAACAUAUGGUUUUUGAACCAGAUUAUGAGAAAGGCAUAUCCUGCUUUUUAAUUGCUAUUGUCCAAUUAUCAUUUCCUUUUUUCUGACCAAAAGGAUAUCCAUCUCUUGACUACUUAUAAAGGUUAUGAUGAUCCAAUCUGUAUGGUCACCUCUCUCAAGUGUAAUUUCUUUUCUUUC